UCCUCCGUGGCUACAUUUUCUAACAGGUUGGGUAUCUGACAAAGUAGACAGACAGGACCAAAGAGAAGAAGGAGCAGGUUGCAACUCACUGCGUGUAAACUGUAUACGCAUCUAUCUCAACGAAGCUUUGACUUUGUUAAGGUUACAUCGAAAAGGAUUGGAAUUGUUCAAUUUGGACAAAUCGCUAAACGUGCCUUCUCCAACGGAGCUGAAUUAUAUUUAUCGUUUUUUGAAUCAACUUCUGCUCCGACCUUAAGAUGAAUUCCUUGGGUAGUUCUUCCAAAUGGCCAUCUUAUGAUUCGCUGUCCUCUACCUCGAGCAUGCUCUUCAGUGAGAGUGAGCAGACUGAAGAUGAAGCAGAUGUCUUUUCAGAGGGAGAAGGGGACAGUGGUGGAACAAAGUCCCUCUCAGGGGAUGAAGGAAUCCCACGCUGCCCCGAUGAAACUAAGCACCCUGUCUCUUCUCCUGCUGAUGCCAUGUUAGGCUCAUCUUCCGCAACACCAGGGGACUUGGCCUUCGCUCAGAAAGUCGCGGAUUUGCAGAGGUUUAUCUGUCCUUUGCUUGAGCUUCUGCAUGGACUUAAAACUGGAAGAUUUGACAAAGGUCUUUCAAGUUUCCAGCAGAGUGUUGCAAUAGACAGGUUGCAGAGAAUACUUGGAAUUCUACAGAGGCCAGAAAUGGGUGAGAAAUACCUACAAAACCUGCUGCAGAUAGAGAUGAUGCUGAAAAUAUGGUUCCCUCGGGUGAAAUUUCAGUCCACAGUUAUACCGAGCCAUACCACCACGCCCACGGUCCGACCACACUGGCGACAGAAUCAGCUCCACAUGCCCGUUAAGAAGAGAAAGCUGAGCUGGUCAGACCCCGAAGACUGCAGCGAAUUCCCAACUAAGCGCAUGCACAUUCAACAUGAGAGCUGCCUGGCUGCGACCCCACUUAACACCGCUUCCAUGUGCCUUCCUGGAUCACCCAAAAAACAGAGAGGUCCAGAGGACGCAACACAUGAACCCUGUGAUGAACAACAGUGUACAUUCAACAGUUGCAAUUUAAGCAGAAUAAGAGUAAACGAAAAUCCAAGGCAGUCUGAGGUUUCUCUUCCCUCCUCUUGUGAAAGCCCUGCUACGCAGGACAGCUCCGUGUCCUCAAGCGACAUCUUGACCACAGCUGACUCUACUUGGCUAGCCUGAGCUGACCUUGCUGCCACAUGGAGGUGCAAAUGCAUGCCAGCCAGGGUGACAGCAUAGGGUGGACUUCAUUACAUUAGGAUAAAGUUUGGCACAGAGCCAGUGUUUAAUGGCUGUAAGACAUGUAAACACAGAAGAGGAGGAAUAGAAAUGCACUUAUUAACCACUGAAUGUGUCCAGUGCAAUUUUGGAAUUAAUGCACUCUAAUCUCUAAUCCAAGCAAAUGUGUAUCUUCUGUCUGUGAAGAGUAUCAUUUUUGUAUUCAUGUACCUUUACUAAUAUGUUGGAAACGCUUUAAACACUGGUUAAAAACAGGAAUAACUUAUCACUUUGCGUAAGUGUAUAAAUACAGAGGAUUAUUGCAGGUAAAGUUUAAAGCUGAAUUUUUCUUAAGGGACUUGUGAUGUUCAUCAUUCACUUGUUUCUGACAUUUUAUAGACUAAGUUAAUCAACAGUCAAUUUAGAAAAAUAAUUGGCAGCUUAAUUUGUCAUUUAAAAUAGUGCAAUUUAAACUAAAUUAAUAAAGAAUUUAGGAAGGUUAAAAAUAUAAUUUGCCAGUUUAUUGAAUGUAACAUGUGGUGGAGCAAAGACAUGUAGCCGCUCCAAAAAACGUGCCAAACCAAACCAUUUUGCGUCAUCAUAUCAUAUCAUAUCAUCGUAUCGCACCUUACUUCACUACUUUAUUUAUUAGCUGUAAACACACAUACAUUUAAAAAUAUAUAUAUUUCUUUGUCAAUAUAAAGAUAUUGAAAACAUGGUAAAAGAUUAAAAUACUGCUGAGGAAAUACCAAAACGAUAAUAAAUACUACUACUCAUAAUUUGUUUUGUUAAAAUGUUGAAAACAUUUUGUUACAUGAAUUUUAAGCCAUCUUUUUUAUAUUAUAAAGCAGAGGUAAUAUAUUUGAUCCUGUGUACAUUUGGAAUAAAUGUAAUUGCAUCUUGGAUGAUAAAGAGGAAAUGUAGACCUUUCUUCAAAUCAAAUAGUUGCCGUCAUGUUUAUACAACAAAACAACUUCCAUUCCUGAACUCUUUCUUUGUUUGAAAGCAUUUGGCCAUUUGCAGCCCCAUAUUAUAAAUCAGAUAUCAUUCAUGUUGAAUGGUGUUUCAUUUCUGGUGGUUUGACACCAGUCAGCCUUACUUAUGUGAUAGACACAAACAUAACAAGACAUUUGCCUGACAUUUCAUUAUCAAUCCUACAAAGAGUCAAAUGUGGUGCUGUGUAGAUGCAAAGAUUAUUUUCUGAGUUAUGUUAUUUAAAAUUGAAAUGCUGUGGAGAGUUUCAGUCCAGUGAUAGGGUCUUUGUUUUUCUAAAUAGUAGAAAAAAGUAAAAAAUGUAUUUUCUCAGUUGUAUGUCUUCAAGUUAUCUUUGUUUUGGGUGUUUCUUUGUUUAAAAAAAUAAAUAAACUGACAUUAUUGAUGAUUGAUUGAUAAAUGCACACCUUUUUAUAUAUUAAAUUAAUGAUAAUCAUCAAAAUUCAGUGUCUGUGGAUUUUUGGGAAUUACCCAAGAUUUUUUGAUGUCAGUUGAAAUAAAUGUGUCAUGCUUUAA